AUGAGACGGGCUUUUCAAGACCGUGUGAUCGUUGUGGUUGAACCAAUCGAGCGUAGAGAUCCAGAGCCACAACCACUGGGACGAAAGCGUGGCGCGCGAGGCCUGUGUCGUGGGUUCGAAAAAGCAGUCCACAAUCUGAAGUCUGAAACGCGAAAGGCAAAUAUGGGUAAUGAAGCAGUGAAGCUCCAGGAAAUCGUCUACUCGGGAAGUGAGCAAGCGCACGAAGGACAUUCCUCAUCCAACCUGCCAGAAACCACCGAAUAUCACCAAAAGUCAAUUCACUCUGAGAAAACUAUGAUCUCAAGCCCGUCCUUUGAUCCGGCUACUUCAUCAGGCUGGAUUAGAAGCUCUCGUGCAGAUCAAACGACCGGAUCAGGAAUCUCGUAUUCCAACGAGGACCUGAUCAAUAACCCCGUUGCGCUACUAGCUGAUGUAUCAGAUGCUGCACGCUCUCAGUUUCAUCAGCCGAUACCAGUAGAUGCCUCCUUGGUACAGGGCUCUGAGGCAGAGACUAGAGAGCUCACUAUUGAUAUACCGAUUCGCGGAAGCCUCGUGAACCUUCUUCGCGACGUGGGCGCCGAUUUUGAUUCCGUUGACCUAGGGCUUGUUACCAUGGAAGAAGCCGAGUACCUCUUCCCAAUUCUUGAAAUGUGGUGCAGCACCUGGCUUCCUCAUGCAACAAUCAACCUGUCUUCUUCGCCAACUGAACAGCUAUCCGAGAUUUUUCUACGGUAUGUCUAUUUGCAUGGGAGAUUUUGGACGCUAUAUACUGCCCUUCAUUGCAAAAUCAACGGAAGCCACAACGUCGAUGCCCUCCGAAAAGAUUCUUUUGAGGCAGCGGUCAAUACGUGCGAAAUUGCCGUGCACAACUUACAAGCUGUCGGAGAACCACUUUACGCGAUGCUUGCACCCACCUGGGAAAUUAUAUCCUACGCUGCAGUAUUGGCUUUGAAAGUGUUCCCCACAAUUUAUGGUCCUCGGGUUGAGGAUCAGGCUGAGCUGUUUGCCUUCCUAGGCCAGGUCGCCCUUCAGCUGGAACGUGCCGGCGCGACACCAUCGCAUCGUUAUGGAAUCGCAGCUCUAUAUGGGCAACAUCUUAUGAAAAUUCUCCGUACGAAAGCCGGAGAUUUCAAGGAGGAACUGCAAAUAGGUCUUCGCCGUGGUAAUGCCACUCGCAACAGUAGAGGCACCCUCGAACCGCAGGGAGAGAAAAUGUCUCAGAACGGACAUUGCACAUCAUUUAAUCUGGGAGAUCAAUUUGCUUGCUCGACAAGCAGCUUGUUCUUACAAGACCAUUUCCUCGAGGAUGGGCUUGAUGAUCUGUUCCGUGAGAUUUUUGGACCCGGAUUUGAUGGUGUCUUCUAA